GCAGGAGGCAGAGAAGACCUCUUUCAUCCACACAAAGCACAAUUCGAGAGAUUUCAUUUGUUUGUUUCCAGGCUUCAGGAUCUGUGAGCUCCGAGGGAGGACAAAAUGGACCGCAAGCCUGGGAUCCAAAAGCCGAGAUGGACACUGGCCAUGCUGGACCUCAUCCCGUGUUGAGAGAUCCCACACGCAGGCGUGAAAGUGCACCGGACUCCUUCAGCUCCUCAAUAUCAUCCAUCACUAUCACUUCCAGGAAGGUCACACAGAUUUCCAAGCCUUUGUGUCCGACGAUGAUUGACCUCGCCGAUGGACGAAGAAAAGCCUUAGUGGUCAAAGUCAUCGAACAGAGGACGAAAAGCACCACCAGCCGUCCCAUCGUCUCGAACUCUGGCUCUGAUCAUGAAGAGAUCGACCACGGUGUGGUACUGAGGAGAAAGGCAACCAUUGUGAAAAUGACCGAACAGAGAGAGCGUUUCAGUCCAUCACAAUACAGACACAGCUACACUGAAGGAAUCAACCAAGCACAGUUAACCAAUGAGUCUAAAUUCAAUCCCUCACCAUUGAACCAAACACUCACUAUAUCUUUAGAGCCAGGAGGAAACCAGUGGAGGUCCCAGCACAGAUCUAGCCUGUCUCUUUACCUUAACAACCUAAAUACAAGCAGCACAGCAGGGGAGAAAAACACCCAAAAAUACAAGCCACCUCGAAGGCCUCUCAGCUGCGACACAAGCUUGUUUAACUGCACUAAAGCAGUUACACAUCCAGCGUUUCACAACAAGAUCUCUCCUGCUCCCCAGAAGACAAAUAUUGACCUUGUUCUUUCCUUCAGCAGCGAAGCAAGAAGGUGCUCAGCCUCCAGUGGUGAGGACAGGAGCGCAAGGAAAGAGGGAUUGGAGUGGGAUCGAAGGCCUGAGGAGCCUAUUUCAGCAAUCAAACCUCUCAUGCUACUAAAAGCAGCAGAUAACUCGGCUGAUCUGAGCGCAGACACCGUCCUGGCCCUGAACACCGCUGCAGUUAUCGCCAACAUAAAGCUACGGGCCCAGCAGAGACGAACUACAUCCCACACAGCAACAGCAGUGUGUUUAACAGAGGUUAGAGGGCAAAGUGAACACAGAGAGCUCAAAGAAGAGGCUGCUGGUGCUAAUGGAAAGGACAAAAUAUGUCCAGCAGAACAAUGUGUGGAUUUUGUCCCAUUUGAGUCCCAAAAUGACCUCAGUGAAACUGCUUUGGCUCCACUGUCCCUUAGCGAGGCUUUAGCGAUCAGACGGCCUGGUUUCAUCCAGCGCUCUCAGGCCAGAGUUCGAGCCCUGGAGAGGAGGUCACAGGAGAGGCAGAACUCCCACAGCUCACUGCAGACAUCUGAGAGCGGAGCAUCUGAAAUGAGAGCAGGGAUCGUUCAGAACACUGGAGAGAAGAUCAGUGGCUGUUUAAAGACAGGAAAUAUCGCCCCCAUCUGA